GCAGAGUGGAAAAUCCACUUGUCACACGAUAUAGCGACACGCUGGCUCUCAAAUGAGCCACUGCAAGACAGUGUAUAGGACGACUACUGUAAGAGCCGCCAUGCUGAGAAGAGGCAGGAGCGGCCGGGCUCGGCAUUCGGCCUGGAGCGAGACGCGGCCAGAGACAGACGCCAUGGAAGUGAUCCAGACGUCGGACAGGCAGGAGUGGGAAGGCCAGACAACGACACAGAUCAGCGACGUGGAGUCCGAGAUGGAUUACCUGGAAAGUCCUCAGGCCGUAUCCGAGGCGGUUGCCUUGCCCAGCACAGAUCCGGUGAUAGGGGAGUCUUUCUGCCAGUGUGACCGACAGGAAGAGCUCAGCCCUGGCUCUGGGGUCACCAGUGACUGCCUCUGUGGGGAGGAGGAUGAGGGUUUUGACUGGGAGUGGGACGAGCACUUCAAGUCUUCCGGAGCCUUCCUCAGCUGUGACAAUAGGAAGGUGAGCUUCCACUCAGACUACAGCUGUGGCACAGCUGCCAUCCGUGGCACCAAGGAGCUCGUAGACGGCCAGCACUUCUGGGAAGUCAAGAUGACCUCUCCCGUCUAUGGAACCGAUAUGAUGGUGGGAAUCGGAACUGCAGAGGUGAAUAUGGAGAAGUUCAAAUUCAGCUUUGGCAGCCUCCUGGGCCACGAUGAAGACAGCUGGGGACUCUCCUACACAGGACACCUCCAGCACAAAGGGGACAAAGUGAAGUUCUCCUCUCGGUUUGGCCAGGGCUCCAUCAUAGGAGUGCACCUGGACACCUGGCAUGGUACCCUGACCUUCUACAAGAAUCGGCACUGUAUAGGUGUUGCUGCCACAAGGCUGCAGAACAAGAAGUUCUACCCCAUGGUGUGCUCCACAGCAGCUAAAAGCAGCAUGAAGGUGAUCCGUGCCUGCUAUACACCCACCUCCCUGCAGUACCUUUGCUGUGCCCGGCUCCGCCAAAUGUUGCCCUGCUGCCCCGACGUACUUAAUGCUAUAGAGCUGCCCCCAGGCCUGCGCACCGUCCUCCACAUACAGCUGGGCUGGGUCUUCUCCCUCAGCAGCAGCCCAGAAGCCUCGGAGCAGCACGAGGACUUGCUGGAGGAUUCCCACGAGGAGAUGAACCUGCCUUCCAGCCCCAUCCCGAGCCAAGUCUCCACCCUGAGUGCCUGCACCUCCCCGAGCCCCUGCACCAGCCCGUUCCUUGACGCAGUCCCAUACCACUGCCCCUGUCAAAUGUCACCUCAAACUCGUCCCUGCACUUGGCACUACCCUCCGAGUCCUCCCAGCAGCGACUACGACAGCUGCAGCUCUGAGCCGGAGGACUACCAAUGCAAAAGAUGCCGCUGGACAUAACUUUGCAGUCAAUACGUAUUUGGCAGACAGCUAUUCUACCGUUGCCAUCGACAUCUCCUGAUCACGGAGAGAAGAGCAAUCUCAUCUUUAAGCCAAAUGUCUUAAUCCAGUUUGAGUGGAUUGAGGAGUGAGUAAGUGUGCAGUGAGUGAGACAUUUAAUCAAGAUUAGACGUUAGAGUGACAUCACGGUUAUUCAUUCACAUUUUAGCCAAUUUCUAUCAUGAGGUUAUUAAUAAAAAUGAGAAGAAUCUACCAGUCACUGUCUUUGGAAGGCCUGAGGUUUGCCAGAUUAGACUCCGACAAAAAACACAUUGGAAAUCUUGUGUUUUUUAUCUCAGGGAUAGACUCCGGGGAAAAAUUAGUUGCUUUUUUGAUAUCCUGGAACUUACAUUUUGUAAAUGUGUUUCGUAAUCAACAUUUGGCUUUUUUUUAGGAUUUUUAAUUUUCUUUAAA